AUGUCGAUUCCACCACCGCCUCCACCACCGCCACCGCCGCCACCACCACCGUCAUCUUCAAAUCGUCCGAAGAUGGCGACAAAUGCGAGAUUCCAAGCUAUGAUGGAUAAUGCUCCAGAAGCCUCUUCUGAUUUCGGAUCACCUUCAUCAUACGGCGGAUCUGCUCCACCCCCACCACCUCCACCACCAGCCGGUGGCGCAGGUGGCGCUGAUAUGGUUAAUCCUGUAAUUGUUCCAGGCAUGGAUCAAUCAAUGGACAAGCCAUGGACCUUAGAGCAGAUGGAAGAGGCAGCUAAAACUCAAAGAUGGACUCUUGCUUCUGAUAGUGGAUUUUAUCAUUACCUCAAAGAUUUCUCUGACAGAAUUUUCCAAAAAACACGCGAUACACAAAGAGAGCUAGAAGGACUUAUUUCUGCAGUUGAUGCUGCUGAAACACAGCUUAACAAUGCUUACGGUUCUUUAGAUGUUCUCUGUCUUAAUCAAUUUGUCGAACGUCGUAUUGAAGGAACAGAUGUCAAUGCAGAAAUUCCACAAGCUCAGGAACAAGAAGAGCAAAAACUUACACCACAAGAAGCCCUUCGUCAAAUUGUUAUGCCAAAAUACAUCUCAGCUUUCUCCAAAGCAUCAUCAUUCGUCAAAUCCAAUCCAGUUAACCUCGAGUGCUCACAUCCACUCUUAAGCGUUCCAUUCAUCAAGCCUGUCGAGCCUGUUACAAUGGAUGCCACCCCUGGCGCAACAACACCAUCACCAGAGGGAGGCGAGCAGCCUGCAGAAGCACCAGCUGAAGGAUAUCCAGAAGCUGGCCAGCCAGAAUCUACAACAGAAACACCAGAAGCCGGUGUUGUUGAAACAUCUACAACACAGAACCUCUUCGACGAAUCAGAGACAAAGACAACUGGAGAAUCAGAGCCAGCUCCAAAGCGCGAACUUACAGAAACAGAGAAAGCUCUCUUCGGAGAUGAUGAAUCUCCAAUUGAAGCUACUCCUGUCGAAAGGAAGCCAGCCAAGCCAACACUCUCCAUCUUCGAUGUUACAGACGAUACAAAGCCAGCUCCGAAACAGAAGAAGCCUUCAUUAUUCGACCAACUUACCGAGGAAAAGCCAGAGAACGAUGCCGCCGAAGGAUUGUUCGCUGCUCCAGAGUCCAGUGGCUCGAAGAAGAAGACCACAAACGCUUUCGACCUAUUCGGAGAAGCUCCAGCCCCAAAGAAGAGCAAGAAGAAGACAAUUUCCCUCUUCGACGACCUGAACGAAGGAGGAAGUUCCUCCAAGGGCGGCUCCUCAAUUUUCGGAGAGCCAACUGAAGCACCAAGAACAAAACGCCGUGGUCGAAAGAAAGCAUCACUUUUCGAUCAAUCAUUAUUCGAAACCACCGAAACUCCCGCGGAAUUCAAGACAGAGCAGCCAUCAUUUAAACCAUCAUUGUUUGGAGACGAAGAGCCAAAGACAUCUGCUCCAAAGAAGAAGCGUUCUUCCGCAGCGUCAUCGCUAUUCGGAGAGGAAGUUUCCAGCUCGAAGAAGGGCGGAUCUUCACUUUUCGGAGACGACGAACCAGCUGAAAAACCGAAGGAGAAGAAGUCCGGAUCAUCUCUGUUUGGCGAAGAAGAGCCAGCAGAGAAACCAAAGGAGAAGAAAUCUUCUUCACUCUUCGGAGAAGAAGAACCAGCUCCUGCCAAGAAAGAAAAGAAAUCUGGAUCAUCUUUGUUUGGCGAAGAAGAACCAAUCACAACAAAGAAAGAAAAGAAAUCCGGAUCAUCAUUAUUCGGAGAAGAAGAACCAGCUCCAGCUAAGAAAGAGAAGAAGUCCUCAUCUUUGUUUGGAGAUGACGAACCAAUCACAACAAAGAAAGAAAAGAAAUCCGGAUCAUCAUUAUUCGGAGAAGAAGAGCCAGCUCCAGCUAAGAAAGAGAAGAAGUCCUCAUCUUUGUUUGGAGAUGACGAACCAAUUGCAACAACAACAAAGAAAGAGAAGAAAUCUGGAUCAUCAUUAUUCGGAGAAGAAGAACCAAUCACAACAAAGAAGGAAAAGAAAUCUUCUUCAUUGUUUGGAGAUGAUGAACCAAUAUUACCUGCAAAGAAAGAAAAGAAGUCUGGAGGAAGUCUGUUUGACGAUGAACCAGCUAAAACAGACUCAAUGUCUAAGUCAACAAGUGGAUCAUUAUUUGCCGAUGUUGAUGAACCUCUUUCAAAGGCGACAAAGCCAAAGAAAGGUUCUUUGUUCGAUGAUGAUGAACCAUUGACAUCAAAGCCAGCAGCGAAGAAGUCAAGCUCAUUAUUCGAUGAUGAACCAUUGACAUCUAAACCAGCUGCAAAGAAAUCUUCUUCUUUGUUUGAUGAAGAUGAACCAAUUAAACCAACAGAAACAAAGAAGGAAGAAUCUCCUAAACCAGCCAAGAAAUCAUUAUUUGAUGAUGAUGAACCAUUAUCAACUAAACCAGCUGAACAAAAGAAAGAAGAAACACCAAAACCAGCCAAGAAAUCUUUAUUCGAUGAUGAUGAACCAUUAGCUUCUAAACCAGCUGAAACAAAGAAAGAGGAAACACCAAAACCAGCAAAGAAGUCAUUAUUUGAUGAUGAACCAUUAUCUUCUAAACCAGCUGAACAAAAGAAAGAAGAACCAAAGAAGGAAGAAUCUCCAAAGCCAGCAAAGAAGUCGCUCUUCGACGAAGACGAGCCACUCGCUGCUUCACCAAAACCAGCUGAACAAAAGAAGGAAGAAACACCAAAACCAGCCAAGAAAUCUUUAUUCGAUGAUGAUGAACCAUUAGCUUCUAAACCAGCUGAAACAAAGAAAAAGGAAACACCAAAACCAGCCAAGAAAUCUUUAUUCGAUGAUGAUGAACCAUUAGCUUCUAAACCAGCUGAAACAAAGAAAAAGGAAACACCAAAACCAGCAAAGAAGUCAUUAUUUGAUGAUGAACCAUUAUCUUCUAAACCAGCUGAAACAAAGAAGGAAGAACCAAAGAAGGAAGAAGCACCAAAACCAGCUAAAAAGUCAUUGUUCGAUGAUGAUGAACCACUUGGAGGAGCAAUUGCCCAAGAGCAAAAGAAGGAAGAACCAGUGAAACCAGUUGAACAAAAGAAGGAAGAAACACCAAAGCCAGCCAAGGGAUCUUUGUUCGAUGAAGAUGAAACACCAAAGGCCAAACCAGCGAAGAAGUCAUUAUUUGAUGAUGAAGACAGCACACCAAAACCAGCUUCUAAAUCAUUGUUUGAUGAUGAUGCAACAAUCAAACCAUCAAAGAAGUCAUUGUUUGGCGAAGAUGAACCACCAAAACCAGCACCAAAGAAGGAAGAGCCGAAGAAAGAAGAGCCCAAGAAGGAAGAAACACCAAAGCCAACCAAGAAGAAUAUCUCAUUAUUCGAUGAUGAGCCAGCUGAACAAAAGAAGGAAGAAUCUCCAAAGCCAGCAAAGAAGUCAUUGUUUGAUGAAGAUGAACCAAAGAAAGAAGAAACACCAAAGCCAGCCAAGAAAUCUUUAUUCGAUGAAGAUGAACAAAAACCAGCUGAAAAGAAGGAACAACCAAAGCCAAAGCCAAAGAAGUCGUUGUUCGAUGAUGACGAAGAAGAUCAGAAGCCAAAGGCAGCUCCAAAGCCACAAGAAAAGCCAAAGCCACAAGAAACAAAGAACAGAAUUUUCGAAGACACAACAAUCACUCCAAUUCAACCGAAAUCAGAGAAAGAAAAAGUAACCAAGAAAUCUUUCUUUGAUGAUGAUGAAGAUGAAACACCAAAGGCCAAGCCAGCAACAUCUCCGAAGAAGGAAGAAGCUGCAAAGCCAGCACCAAAGAAGUCUUUGUUCGAUGAUGAUGAAUCACCAAAACCAAAACCAGCUAAAAAGUCACUUUUCGAUGAAGAAGAUGACACUCCAAAGCCAAAACCAGCCAAGAAAUCAUUGUUUGACGAAGACGAAGACACACCGAAGCCAAAGCCGAAGAAGUCAUUGUUCGAUGAAGAUGAAACACCAAAGAAACCAGCACAAUCUCCAAAGCAAGAAGAGAAGAAGCCAGAAGAGAAGACAUCAGCGACAGGAGGAAAGAAAGUUAACUCCAAGAUCGCAGCACUCGCAGGUUUAGUCAAAGGUCCAAUGGCAGGAGGAAUAAUGGGAGGACCAAGACCAAGAAAACCAGCAGCACCAGCUGACGAUGACUCAGCGGCAACAAAGACAGAGACACCAGAGGAAGGUGUAGAAGCAACAUCAGGAAGAAGAUUAAUGAAGAAAGGACGCCGCGCUCGUACAAGAAAGGUUGAAACAGAAGAAGAUGAAGAAUAA